AUGCGAGAGAACGAGAAGUACGAUUUUUAUGAGGCCAUCAUCAUCCCUGUUUCGUGUAAACAGAAUGGGAUAAAACGUCAAAGGGAGAUACUCGGGAGUUCUAUGUGUGUUAGAGGUAUAGCAUAUUUUUGUGCUACUAAACACUCGUGAAGUGCAGAUUUGAUUGCCAAGCGCAGAAAGGUUCAAAUUAAAUCAGUGAAAAACGGCAUGUGUUUUUAAAAUAAAAUUAAGUGUAAUCUUGACGAGUGUCUACUAAGACCGAUAGUGACAACACGAGAAAUCAAGCUAUUGAAUCCAGCAUCCUACGGGCAGUAGAACACAGUCAGAAUGUUUCUUACGAUUAAGUCGUCUUGUAUCAACCCGAAAAACCUGUUUUGCUUUGUGUGCGGUAAGUACACACCGUCUCAUCACAAGCGCUCAAUUAUGACCAUCCCAAUCAUGGAGGCGUACGAGGCAUUCUUCGGUAUCCGCACACACAAGGAUGAUUACGUACAUGGACCGGCUUCGGUAUGUAAUGACUGCAACCAGGGUCUAUUGCGGUGGAAAAACGGCCACUAUGCAAGGCCACCAUUUCCUUUCUCAACGCCGAUGAUAUGGAAAGCACCGAGUAAUCACAUAAACGAUUGCUACUUCUGCAUGACCAAGACGGCCGGCGAAGGGAAGAAAAAGUUCGCACAAUACCCAGACAGCAUCCCGUCCGCUAUGAAGCCUAUUCCCUGCGAAGUUGAUCUAUCGUUGACUCUGGCCCAAUCGAAUUCAACUUCCAUCCCACAGGCACCGGUGGUCAUCAAGAAAGCAAUAAACAUAGAUCCUGCUAAAAUCCCUACUUCGCCAAAUUGGUCGGUGAGUGUGAAGAAAGUGAAACUGGACAACACACAACCAAAGCAACAAAUACCGACAACACCGUUGGUACCUCCGAAGCCGCUUUCGGAUAUCAAUGUACCGCACAUGUUGCCUCCGUUGGCCCCAUUCAAGCAGCAACAGCAGCACAAACAUCUCACCGUAAGACCCGAGACACAAUUGAAAAAUAUUCCAGGCUCGGCAAAAAUAAGGCCACCACCACAGCAAGUGCCCAAGCAGCACUAUGACAUUAUCAAUCAGAUGCCGCAGCGGCAACAGCCGCUGAUGCUUAAUCACCAUCAGAUACCGCAAAUACGCAUGGCCAACAUGCCAACCAUGGAUGAUCGUACUCGGACUAAGCCGAUUGUACCGGCACACACAGUUCUUCGGAACGAACCAAUCACGAUCGAAAUCGACGAUGACGAACCCGAAGAACAAAACAAUUCCGUCGAACUGGCCCGGCCACAACCACAAACGAAUGGAGUUCCCUUGAAACAUCAAGGGACGCCAUGUUCUCAGAACCAACCUCGAAUCUCUUAUGCGGCAGCGGUAUCCGCCAAUGUAGUGUCCAGCACCAGCACAGCGUCAAGAAAUCCCCAUCUUCUGACGGCAACCGAUUUGGUGUCUCUUAUUCGUGAUCUCGAGCUGCCAAGGGACAAAGCCAGCCUGCUGAUUGAUCGCUUGCGCCAGUGGAAUCUGCUCGAUAGGCAGUGUUUGGUGGACGGUGCUCUCAGUAAAAGUCCCGAAUUCAAACGACGCUCCGUAAACGGGACAACAGCAGUGGUGCACUCGACUAGUUCCUCCAGCAAGCGGAAGCGACAGGGAAUGUGCUAGAAGUAAAUCGGUGAUGAAUAGCACAAAAUGAUGUGCUGUAAAAUCCUAUUUUUAACAAUACGAUUCACGAAUGACUACUUAAAUUUUAAGAGUUCGAAGAUCUGAUAGUAUUAUACAUGGUAUGUUUAGGUACUUAUUCUUUUUUAUGUUGAUAUUUUCUGAUGUGCUGUGCCAUUGGCUACUACGAAGACAUAUAUAAGUAUGUAUCGAAAAUAAACGAAUCAUUCCAGA